AUCGCAAGUCUUCCGCGACACUAUACACCGUCGCUGUAUGCCUUACCACGCUACUGGACCAAUGACGUUUUGUAGCGGUGAGUCGAAGAAGCUAAAAGUGAUGUGUCGUAGAGUAGUUCCGAAUUAAAGCCACGCCUUGACUCACUGUGGCAGUGCAUGUACCGGCACCAAUAUUAGCACUCACUGGUGAAACCAUCGUGUCCUUCUCAGUAACUGAAAGCACGGAUCUACUAGGCAUAUUCACGAACGCAAUGGCUACUGCCACAGACCAAGCCGAAUCUUCGGUUCCUGAACUCCAAGCAGCAUUCGGUUCAAUACUCCUCGCCCGCCCAACACCAGCAGCUCCUACCCGUCCAGAGGCACAAACCUACGUCGUAGAAGGCAAAGGUCCUACCCGUAGCGCUCCAUGGUCUCUGGACAGGGUACGACUACCCAAGUGGACCGGCGCAUUCAAGUUAUUCGACUUCCCACGCGAGUUACGAGACAGGAUCUAUCACUACGUCGUCUACCGCGAAGAAGGUAUCUACUACAAUGCGCACCGCAAUCCAGAUUUGAAGGACAUCAGGCCGUGCUCCGACAUCAUCAACCUCUUCCUCGUUUCCAAGCAGGUCUACCGCGAGGCCAUGCAGGCUUUUGGGCGGGCCAACACUAUCGCGCUUUCUUCCAAAUGGAGCCCGCGAGAAGGACUUCAUAAGCCACUCAGUGGCUUACUUCGCCUAUUCCCUGAUCCUGCUGCUGCUGCGGCGACCAAGAUAAGGCACCUGUACCAUGAUACGGUUCCCCGACCCUAUGGAAGAUACGGUCACGCGCCGAGCCAUAACAGUUUAUUCGAUGGAGGCGAUGGUACAGGGCAUUUCCGCAAGCGUCAGCAACCGGGAGAGACUUUUCUGGACAUCUUGCGGGAUGCACAUACCCUCACGGAGCGCUUUCCUAAGCUCAGUACGUUCGAAGCCGCGUGGGAGGUUGGGCCCGGCUUUUAUGAGUACCCGAUACCAGAGUGCGCCGUACGUAACAUUGCGACAUUCUUGUACACCGGUGGGACCCAUGAGGACGCUGUAGACAUGUGGCUGCAUCUUAUGAAGGGCUGGAUGCAGGGGGCUAACAUAGUCCCGUUGGCGUGCAUAUGGUUUGAUUGCCGAGGAUUCGGUGCUGAUGGGUUUGGCUGGGACAUGGAUUGCGCUGCGAACGAAGCGUAUCAGAAGCUCGUGAAGGAGUUGCAGAAUAAGGAGGACAUCGAGGCUAGCGGAGCGCUGUGGCUAGAAGAGAUGGAGGAAGCGAGCAGGAACCGGAAGAAGAAGAGCAAGGGAAAGACAGCGCGGAAGUAAUUACCGUCAUCACGGGUAUGAGACUGGCUCAUUGAGAUAGUUCCAUGCCACUUGCCUCAGGGCAAAGAGAACCUGAUGUUGAUCUUCCAAUGACACCAGCUGAAUUAGCAAAACAAGAGGCGAGACAUAUCGUUCGGAUUUCUUCAUCCAAAUCACCUACCAACGUCCACUACGUGCAGAGGAUAUGUUGUUCUCUACUCCACGUACGCUAGGGUAAAUCGGCAUCGAGCGAGUACCACGAUGAGGGGAAGCGAUCACUUUUGUACUCUUGCGUGAAUUAUGCGAUUCCUACAAUAGUCGAAUCUGAACCCACCACCACUAAUAGGAGUAUGACUUCU